AUGUCUGACAAUGGUGAGGGCGGUGGAUGUGGGCCUUGUAGCAGCAUAUGCUGCCGCUUUAUAAUAACAUCCGGCUUCGCUGCUCUGUUUUUGUGGCUAGCUCUACGUACCUCCCAACCAACGUGCUCCAUUCAAGAUUUAUACGUGCCUAUUCUUAAAAAAACCGAUCGUUCGAUAGGUAAUAGGAACAAUAACAGCAUAUUCUUCGACCUCAAGCUCGAUAAUGGAAUGAAAGAGAAGGGAGUGUACUAUGAUAACAUCAGUUUAACCUUUUUUUACGAUCCAAACACUAGCUAUCCUAUAGCCAACUACACGGUGCCCGGAUUUCACCAAGGUCACGGCAAGAAAGCUCACUGGAAAUCGGUGGUGGAGGCUCAUGGACAGUCGUGGGAGGCGGCUUUGAAAAAUGUUUCAAAUGGGAAUGUCUCAGUUUUCAGAGUGGGUUUAUCCACCAAGGUGAGGUUCAAAAUCAUUUUUUGGCAUACCAAGAGACACAAUUUGGUGGUCGGAGCUGGUGUCGUGGUGAACGAUUCUGGUAAGAUAGUCAAAAAGAAAGGCGUUAAACUGAAAUCCGGGUCACCGGAGCGUAGUUGCCACCUUCGACUAUUGCUGUUUUCUGGUCUGCUGGUGGUUUUGUUGUAA